GGUCACUCGCCGAGACAACGGAGCCCUUUUGGGGGUGUCGGGGCGCCUCGUGUGACUCGAGUCGUCCCCGCGGUCGCGUUGAACGCCUCGGAUCACCUCCGGGUUUUAUGUUCAUAACGGACACACCGGAGAGGAGGCAGCCCGGCAGGACGGACCCGGAAGUAGCUCUCGUGCUCUGACUGUCACGUACGCUUCGCUGUGGAUCGCGGGAGAUAUCCCGCACAGCCGCAAACAAAGUAUCGAUCAGUCGCCUGAUUGGAGAAGUACGUGAAGGACUCGGACAUGAAACCUCCAGUGGCUGUGACUUACAUUCUCUCCCGUCAGAGAAAGCCGCGACUCCGCUAGAAGAAAAGAAGAAAAAAAUGAAGCGAGGACGUGAGCUACGUGCGCAGCCAGCAGAUGACGAGGUGAAAUGGAGAGCUUGGGACACGGGGACCUUUUAAACCCGAGCGCUCUCCUCCUCCGCGGUGCAGUCGCCGUUUCAGCAGCCGCGCGCGAGACGGGCGCGAGCGGCCAGCAGCAGCAGCAGCUCGAGCCCGGAACAUCAGAGAGUCGGAGCCGCCGCUGCACGUGCGGAGCGGACAUGGGGCUCAACGGCUGCUGCCGCUUACCGCCGCCGCCAGUCGGGAGUCCAACGGCCGCGGAGUUCCUCGCGGGUCUGGCCUCGCAGACCGACUCUCCCGCCGUCACAAGCCCGACGAAGUGGGCCACGACGGGCGUGUCGCUGUACAGCGACGGCGGGGAGGUGGGGGUGGUGUCGGUGUCCCCGUCUGACACCGUGGAGGGGAGACACGCGCACGUCUGGGCUCACCCGCCGAACGGUCACCCGGCACAAGUGAAGGGGGUAACGGGGGGCUCUGUCUACCCCGUGUACCCCCCCACCAGCAGAGGCUGUCUGGCGGAGAGCGGAGACCCUUUACUGGCGUGGAGGAUCCGUGGGGACCCGAGAGCCAGACAGACGCAACAGAAACGCAGAGGUGGGGAGAACUGGGACACGGGGCCUCUUGGUGGUCUCAUCAUGGGGUCAUUGGGGUCAGAGAGUCCCCUGGACCAGGUUUGCGCUUCGGUUGACUCUGACUUUAAGCGGAGGAGGCCGGGAGAUGGAAUCGACGCUCGCAAAUCUCCCGAGGCCCCCAGAGGGGCCCGAGCGGUCCACUGCAGCAACAACUCCAACCAACUCGGCCAUGCUCCCCGUGUCGCCCCCCAAUCCCCCCUCACGCCUCCCGCUAACCAGCGCAACGGACACAACGUGGCCUCCUCGGGCCCAGCGGCCGCCACCGGCCCUCCGCCGCCGCUCGCCGCCGCCGCCGCCGAGGCCCUCUGCAUCCCGACCCCGCCGUCUCCCGCGGGGGCCGGCUGGUCAGCGGACCACAUAGCCCGGCGGUACAUCGUGCCCUGCAUGAAAUACUACGGCAUCUGCGUGAAGGACGACUUCCUGGGCCCCCAGCUGGGCGGCAGGAUGCUGGAGGAGGUGGAAGUCCUGAACCGCAGCGGGAAAUUUCGGGGCGGGCAGCUGGUGAGCCAGAACGGCGUUCCCUCUCGGAGCAUCCGGGGGGACCAGAUCGCCUGGGUGGAGGGGCGGGAGCCCGGAUGCGAGAGCAUCGGGGCGCUGAUGGCGUACAUCGACGAGGCCGUCAUGCACAGCGCCGCCAACGGCCAGCUGGGGGGCUGCGUCAUCAACGGGCGCACGAAGGCUAUGGUUGCUUGUUACCCGGGCAACGGCACAGGUUACGUCCGCCAUGUUGACAACCCGAAUGGUGACGGCCGCUGCAUCACAUGCAUCUACUAUCUCAACAAGAACUGGGACGUCAAGAAACAAGGCGGGUUGCUGCAGAUCUUCCCUGAAGGCAAGAACAUGGUCGCCAACAUCGAGCCUCUGUUUGACCGGCUGCUGAUCUUCUGGUCGGACCGCAGGAACCCUCACGAAGUCAAGCCGGCCUACGCCACUCGCUACGCUAUCACAGUUUGGUACUUUGAUGCCAAAGAGAGAGCUGAAGCUAAAGAGAAGUACCAAUUGGCAACGGGACAGAAAGGCGUCCAAGUGCCCGUCACCCAGCACGGCCGGACGCCAGUCUCACUCUCUGGACGCCAUCAGAAAGAGAGACGCCGUCGUGUCCGCCGGUCAUCGAUGCAGCGCCGCCGCGUGGCCAGAUUGACCUUUUCAGCCUGUGACUGUUUCCCGGGCCACGUGGUCAGGGUGCUGAUCGGAGACGUCGCCGAUGAAGAGCACAAAUGGACUGGACGGACAAAAAAAUGA